GAGUAAAAAUUUUUUCCGAACAAGUUUACGCGUCGUCGGAUAAUGUUGUAUAUCCGGAUAGAAAAUUGAACGACCGCAAUUGUGGACUAUUCUGUGUGUAAAAAUUUUGCUAGGAAACCAGUGUUCACGCCGAUUUAAUAACGGGUGUCAUUUGCGAGCAGGAUUCCCUGACAAACAUGCCGAGCGCUAGCGAAACGAAAAUGAACCUGUCUGCCCUGCAGCAGGUAGAUCCCGAGAUUAACGAGAUUGUUGAUUCGGCAACGCAAGUAGCGCUGUUCCAGUACUCAACACAAACAAGCCAAUGGACAAAGACCGACAUUGAAGGAGCGCUAUUCGUUUAUGCUCACCGAAAUCCGAGUGAGCGCGGACUUAUCAUCCUGAAUCGGCACUCGCCGAAAAACUACAAGGAGCCAAUCACCGCUGACAUUGAGUUCAAAAUGAAUCAACCGUUUCUCAUUUAUAAGACGCCAUCGGGUCAAAUUUUUGGGGCAUGGUUCUAUGUCGCAGACGAGUGCACCCGAGUAGGAAAUCGAUGUUGUCGCCUCGUGAGCUACCUAAAAAAACGCGAGAAGAGCGCUGGUGGCGGUGGAGGACAAGGAUCAUCCGAUAAAACUAACUCGAUUCUUCAAGGAUUACUCCUACCGCCAAACCCCGGGGGUAAUGUUGGUAGUAACAAUAAUGAAAAAAACGGUGGCGGCAAUAAUUCUUACAAUAACCUUAACAAUAAUGGAAACAGCAACAAUCACAACAGCAGUAAUGGCAAACAGAAUGGUCAGCAGGCUCCUCAGGGUAAAGAUAUUAUGAGUCUAUUGCAGCGGGCCCAGAUCGAAGAUAAGCCGCCAGCGAAAAAGCCGCUUGGUCAGAACAAUAAUGCCAACCGGAAGCAGGAAGGCCUCAACGGCACGGGCGGCCAACGUCGGAUGAACGGAGGACAAGGUGGCGGGCAUUAUGAGUCCAGCCCCGGCGUCCCUGUCGUGCACAAGCCUGUGCCCACAAAGGCCCUCCCACCUUCGGUAGAGCAGUUGUUUAAAUCCGCCGGUCGGAAAACACAGCAACAGCAAAAUUCCCAACAGCAGCAGCAGCAAAAUUCCCAACAGCAAAAUCAGGUGUCAUCGAGUAAUGGUAACAGCGGAGCAACCACCUCAGGAGUACAGCUAAUCCAGUCUCUAGCUCAACAGAUUCCGCAAACACCACAGCGUGCUGAACACGCCUUGGAUCGCCUUCUCAGUCUAGCUGGUAGCAGCCCUACGUCGAGCCAUAUUGGAGUCGUAGCACCAACUGCUCCGCCUAUGAAUGACUGCAUGGCGAGCAUUCUUAACAAACUCAACGAGUCAGCCCAGAAAGUCCAAAGAGAGCAACAACAGUUACAACAGCACGCUGCAGGAGGUUUGGACGCUGGUAGGAUCAGCCCCCAGGAGUCUGCCCCACCGGUCAGCAGAAGCAACCUUGCCAACGCCUUGUUCGGAGCUCUUGCAGGUGGGGCGGUUUCUGCAGGAACAGCCGGUACUCCACCAGCUGGUGGAACAAUUGGCGGCGAGAAAAAGCUAACGCUGAUCACUCCUGAAAUGCUCGAGGAGUCAUUGUCGCAGACUGGACCUAUGACGCCACCGCAGUCACAGCCAACAGCGACAGCGGCGGCAUUGAGUCGCACAGAACUGCGAGGUGCGCUCGUUCACCUGCUCGAAAACGACGACGAUUUCCUCACCAAAAUUCACCAUGCCUAUCUCCAAGGAGCCAGCCGGCGUAAGUUGCUAACAACGUUUCCGUACGAUCAUGUCUAAGCGACGCUCGAAGCGAAAACCACUAGACGAUUGGCCCCACGGCCAUAGAGGCACUGGGGGGAGUUGAUAAGCUGAGCUCGAGUUGAUCGCACACGAUUGGGUAUUAUUAUGAUUAUUAGACAACAGAUCGUAUUAAACGCUACACAGGCAAUACUGACGACUGACAUUGGAUCACUGAUUGACCCACUGAUACGUCGUUGUUAUACGGCAUUGUAUGAAUCCAUACACGAUGACUGUGGUGCUUCUCUGGCGUGUCUGUUUCGAACAGAGAUAGCGUGCGAACUGAUAACGUAAAAGGUCCUUCGUGUACAGCGAUCCAGAUUGUUUAGCUGAUUGGCAGAGAAGUGCCGCCGAACACGUAGCCGAGUGACGCAGUUAUUAUUGAUAGUGGUAAUUAUAAAAGAAUUACGGGAAAGAGAAUUAAAAAGUGGGAUUAUCAUUUGCGACGACGGUGACAGUGACGAAAUCACGUCGAAAUAAUUAUAAUUACUAUUAUGACCGCCUGAACGAUCAAAUAGAUCGCCCUACAAUGUCUAUACACGCAUGGAUAGUUACUGAAUAUAAGUCUACUAGACGAAAGAGGAGAAAUUAAUUACAAAUGAAUGAAAAUAAUGAACGGGCGAGUGCGAACGAAAGAAUAACACAGUGGAUGAAUUGCUGCUAUUCUCGUCGUUUGAGAAAAGCCUGUUUGCCCCAUCGAAAAAACAAGAUGAGAUGGACAACUGACACAUGUCACGUAGAAUCAGUAGAUUAAAUUAAGCAAAUGCUUUCAAAAACCUACAAUGUAACAUAAGCAAAGGUUAGAUAAGCAGGCCAUUUAGGCGGAGCAAUCUAGUUCGUAUAUCGCUGUUAGUAUCCAGAAACCAAAUGAACGUCUAAUGCAUCUUCCUGUUUGAGCGAUGGCCACUUGAAGUAGAAGAGGAGUCGUUCAGAGGUUUUGCGUUGUUUGUUGGAUACCAACAUGGCAUAGAUCAAGUAGAUCGAUCGCUAAAGGCGGAUGGUUCCAUAAGGAUAGACGGUUUCAUAAUGACACGCUCACUGCCAUGAUACUGCUGUUAUUAUUGACACUAGCACACUGAGCGUCUUAUGUAAGAGAUCGAAAUGUGCUUUCUGUGUUGGAAAGCGUGACAAGGUCUGGUCGAUUUGUGAGGGCAACUGUUCAUCCACAGCAGCAGCAGCAGCAGCAAAUGAUGUGUGGAAUGAAACGGUUUACGUCGAAUGAAUGUGUCUGUAUAAAUGGCUUUUGAGAUGUGUGUGUCAAG